AUGGCCACUCAACAGACUCUUCUCUCGCCUGCCGAACUGGCGUACCUGCACAGUUCUCUGUCUCUGACCCCACCAGUCCGUCCUGAUGGCCGCACGCCGACGCAGUUUCGACCGCUGACUGCAGAGACGGGUAUUCUCCCCGGCACAAACGGCAGCGCUCGGGUUUGCUUCUCGGACGGGACCGAGGCCAUCGUGGGCGUCAAGGCUGAGAUCGAGAAGACCCCGGGCCUGCACGACGGGCAAGAGGCAGGGAGCGGAUCGAGCACCACCACCACCACCACCACCACCACCACCACCACCAAGUCGGCAGGCGAUGGGCCGAGGGCAAGGGGCGACUGGUUGGAGAUGACGAUUGAGAUACCCGGCCAGAGGGACGACGAAGCCUCGACGGUGUUCCUUGCCCAGAUGCUGAGGGAGGCGCUGCUUGCGGAUGGGGAGUUUGCCAAGAAGCUCUGGAUCAAUCGGCGGUUUCACUGGAGGCUAUACCUAGAUGUCCUCCUCAUCUCUCCGCCCUUGUCAUAUCCGCUUCCGCUCCUAUCUCUCACAACCCAUCUUGCGCUGCUCGCCACCCGACUGCCACGGCUCAAGUCCGAGGGCGACGAAGAUCCCUUGUUUGACGACGACUGGGAGUCGUCGACUUUUCUGUACCCUUCUGACGGCACCUCGGCUGGCUCCCGCCGACCACCCAUCACCCUUUUGGUCAUCGCGGUAGGGGGUAACAUCAUUUUCGACCCGUCCAAGGAAGAGCUGGCCGUGGCUGAGACGGCGUUGGCCAUUUCCGUAGCAGAAGACGGGGGCCGCAGAGGUGCGGGCGACAUGGAUGUGGAUUCGAAGCGCGACCUGCACCUGCUGUCCAUGAGAACCAUCGACCCUCCAUCGAGGUUGACACCGCCUGGUGUGCCCAACUCUGUCAAUGUGGCAACGAACGGGGCUCAAGCCGCACCGGGACCGGGUGUGACGCAACAGAAGCAAGGCAAGGAAGAUGAGUCUGCGGAAGGGGUCUGGAAGGCCCCCAUCGGUGGGACCAAGGUUGCGGUUUUGGAAGCCAUCAUGGACGUAGUGCUUGAGAAGGGAGGUGUUGCGGAACAAGUACUGAAUGCUCUGGAGGGCGUUGAUUUGAUGUAA